AUGGCUCUCCUAAAACAAACUCUCCUAGCAGCACUAGCGACAACCUCACUACACCAAAGCAACGACCACUACCGCUCACGACCCGACCUCGCACCACCGCAGUUAAACAUCACCAUCCCCGCCGCAAACCCGAAUGGCUCCGAAUAUGUUUUCAUCGCCCCGUACUCCGUGGACGGGACACUAGAACGGCCCGGCCCGUACAUCUACCGCAAAGACGGCGACUUGGUGUGGGCCGGCACAGGCUACUACGCCGGAUUCGUGGCGAAUUUCCAUCCUACAACGUACCAGGGGAAACCUGUUCUCCAGGCCUUCCAGGGUAGUAUUGAUGGUGCGCAUGGUGAAGGGUUUGGGCAGCAUGUCCUGCUCGAUCAGAGUUAUCAGCACGUUGCCACCUCGACUGCCGCGAAUCAUCGUGUUUCGUCGAUUCAUGAGUUCAAUGUUAUCCGCGGAGAGACGGCUUUGAUUGAGGUCUUCUAUACGACUCCGGUGAAUUUGUCGGCUUAUGGUGGGAAUUCUUCGCAGGUGUGGUUGGGGAAUGGGAUUUUCCAAGAAAAUGAUAUUGCCACUGGGAAGUUGGUCUUUGAGUGGAAUGCUUUGGAACACGUUGAUCCUUCUGAAAGUCUAGUGCCACUGGGCUCCAAAUAUGCUAAUAACGGACUGUCGUCCGCCGAAGCAUGGGAUUACUUCCACAUUAACAGCCUCGACAAAAACGAAGAAGGCGACUACCUGCUCUCGUCCCGACACACGAGCACGAUCUACAAGAUCAACGGCACAGACGGCUCAAUCAUCUGGCGGCUCGGCGGCAAAUAUCCCAGCUUCUCACAAAUCGGCAACUGGACCUUCGGAUUCCAACACCACGCCCGCUGGCAACCGCAACCAAGCCAGCUGGGGACGGAGGUAAUCUCGUUCUUUGAUAACUCCGGCGACGGCACUAUCACAUUCAACGAUGUAUCCCGGGCAUUGGUUAUCCAGAUAAACCACACAGACAGCACGGCGACGGUUCUCCGCAAAGCAACAGCACCUUAUGAUCUCCAGGCCCAAUCCCAGGGCAAUACGCAGCUGCUUUCUGACGACCGAAUCUUCGUCAACUGGGGUUCGGAGGGUGCUUUCACGGAAUUCGGUGCUGAUAAUGAGAUUCUUUACCAUGCCCUUAUCGAAACGGGGGCGGUCAGCUACCGUGGUUUCCUGGGGAACUGGACUGCGACGCCGAAGGAAAGUCCGGCGCUGGUUGCGCUGAAAACGGCUUCGAAUCUUGUGGAGCUUUAUGUUUCUUGGAAUGGGGAUACCGAGACUGCGGCUUGGAGAUUCUUUUAUGUCAACGGGCAGGAGAAGACGCGGGUUGGUCAAGUGGAUAGGAACUCCUUCGAGACGGCUUUUACUUGGAAGUCGACUUUUGCAUUGUCUUCCUCUGCUAGAUUUGUUGCUGAGGCUGUUGACACGAAUGGGGAAACUCUUGGGCAGACGAGUUUGACUGCUACCACUGCCAAUAUCAAGUUGCUGGCGUGA